UUUACUCUGUUUUCUUCUCUUCUUUACUCUGUUUUCUUCUCUUCUUUACUCUGUUUUCUUCUCUCUCAGCUUUGAGGAAAGGGGAAAUCGGAGUUCCAGGAGAGGCAGGGAGGGAGUGUUGAGGAGGCGGACAUUUAUGUCGCCUCGGUUUGACUUGCCUCUCAUUGUCUCUCCUCCUUCUUCUUCUUUGUCUCUCUCUUGCACUUUCAACACGACCUUCAAACUCUCCUUCACCUCUGUUUCCAUGCGUUUGUGUCCCAACACCUUUCUUCUUUCUUCUUUCCUUUUCUUACUGUUUCCAUCUAUUUUCCUUUCUGGGUUUUAGUCUCAACUACCAUUUUUCCCCACUUCAACAGUUUUUCUUUUUUUUUUUUUGGUUCCCUUCUUUUCUAGACAAACAUUAAAAAAAAAUGUCAGAGCCUCGAGUUUUACAGCUUACGAAUCAGAGAUGUUUUGGAAAAAAAUCAAAAUCCAGACCGGAAGAACCGAAAAUGACACGGAAAAUCCGCGUCAUCUGUGACGAUCCAGAUGCUACCGAUUUAUCUUCCAGCGAAGAUGAAGGUGAAAUCGAAACGAGAUCCCUUAAAUUUAAACGAAUCAUUGGAGAAAUCCACCUCCCCUGCUUUCCUUACCAGUCGAAAUCGAUUGAUGUAACCACUACUACUCCGAGCUCUUCACAGGAUAGCAACAAUGGCAGCAAAAACCCAGAGCUGAAGAAGAAGAGGGUUUUAGGGACUAAAACCCUUUCAACCAGAAAAACCGCCUCCCAAUACAGAGGAGUUCGUCAAAGAAAAUGGGGGAAAUGGGCGGCUGAAAUCCGAGACCCUUUCAAAGGAGCUCGCAUUUGGCUCGGAACUUACAACACUGCUGAAGAAGCCUCUCAGGCCUACGAAUCAAAGCGUCUCGAGUUCGAAUCCGCCAUGGCUGCCGCAACACCGAAAAGCAGCAACAUCUCUUCCUCUUCCUCCACCGAGGAGAUCGAGGAAGAAUCCGACAGCGUCGUGUCUCAAACAUCUCCAGCCGCCGACAUUGUCGAAAUGGAAACCUCUUCCUUUGUUUCAAUCAAAGAGGAGGAACUACAAAUGCCCGAAUUGGGAUUCGUGGGCGAGGGUUUGGAAACAAAUCUAGGGUUAGUACCGGAACUGGACCCCUUUUUCAUGGACGACAUUGGGCAAUUCUUGGACGACUUCACCGCCAUGGACGACCUUCAUAUAUUUGGGUUUGACGACGACGACGACGACGAACCCAGUGGACUGCCGGAUUGCGACUUCAACGAUUUUGGGAACGUUGACCUAUCUUGUUGGGUGGAUGAAGCUCUGAAUGUGCCUUGCUCAUGACAAGUUUUGCAGAUUAGGGUUGAAAGAAAUGAGUGUUGUUUAUUUUUUCGUUAAAUUUGUUAUUAUUAUGAUGAUGAUUCUGUGGAGGUUGGACUGAUUUUCUCGGGAAAAUGUUAAGAUUUUCCGGGAAAUUUUGUUAGUAUUAUUUUUUUGUUUUAUGGAGAGAAGAGGUCCAUAUGUUCUGGGUUUUGGUGCGGUUAGAGAGCCGUCCAGGGUUAUGGAUUUCUUUGUUUUUCCCAAUUUGUUGUUCCAAAAUUACAAUGAAUUAUGGAUGAAGUUGAAUGAGUUUGAUGUUUU